AUGGAGCUCACCAAAUUCCUCGCUGCCCUGGCAGUCUUCCUGCCCAUUGUCUACGGCGCCCCAACCACCGCGGCCAACACCCUCCACCCCAAGAUCCUCGCCGCCAUGAAGCGCGACCUCGGCCUCGACGCCGACCAAGCCCACGUCCGCGUCGCCCGCGAGCUCAAGGCCACCGAAAUAAUCGAGCAGCUCCGCACCUCCACCGGCAACGCCUUCGCCGGCGCCUGGCUCGUCGACGGCGAGCUCAACGUCGCCGUCACCGACGAAGCCCUCACCCCCGCCGUCUCCGCCGCCGGCGCAACCCCGCUCGUCGUCGCCGCGCCCCUCUCCAAGCUCGAGCAAGCAAAGGAAGCCCUCGACAAGCUCGACAUGCCGCAAUCCCUCCUCGAGUCCGCCGAGCCCACCGGCAUCGCAGCCUACUUCGUCGACGUCACCGCCAACAAGCUCGUGCUCGAGGCCCUGUCCGGCAGCACCGCCCAGGCCGCCGAUCUAGCCAAGCAGGUCGGCCUCGUCGAGUCCGAGUUUGAAGUCCGCACCGUGGCCGCCAUGCCCACGACCUUUGCCACCGUGCGCGGCGGCGACGCAUACUACAUUAACCGCAGCGCCCGCUGCUCCGUCGGCUUCUCCGUCACCACGGGCUUCGUGUCCGCCGGGCAUUGCGGCUCGUCCGGCGCAACCGCCACCACUAGCUCCUCCGGCGGCACCACGCUCGGCACCUUCGCCGGCUCCGUGUUCCCUGGAAGCGGCGACUACAGCUACAUCCGCGGCGCCAGCGGGAACACCUUCUCCGGCGUCAUCAACAACUACAACGGCGGCACGAUUACCGUGGCCGGCAGCACGGCUGCCGCUGUCGGAGCGAGCAUCUGUCGCUCUGGCUCGACCACGGGUGUUUUCUGCGGUGCUGUUCGCGCGCUCGGCGCGACGGUCAAUUACGCCCAGGGCAGCGUUACUGGGCUUACGCAGACUAGUGUUUGCGCUGAGCCUGGUGACUCGGGCGGUUCCUUCUACUCUGGGUCUCAGGCUCAGGGUGUGACGUCCGGGGGCUCGGGCGACUGCACUAGCGGCGGCGUGACUUACUUCCAGCCUGUGAACGAGAUUCUGUCUGCCUACAGCCUUACUCUGGUCAGGGGUUAG